UCAGCGGGCGCCCUGCGCGCACGGCCGGCGAGUCUUAAAGGGGCAGCGCCGCCCGAGCUCCUCCCGGUGACGAGGUGGUUCCGGGGCGGCGGCGGCCAUGAACUACAUGCCCGGCACGGCCAGCCUCAUCCAGGACAUCGACAAGAAGCACCUGGUCCUGCUGCGGGACGGGCGAACGCUCAUCGGGUACCUGCGCAGCAUCGACCAGUUCGCAAACCUGGUGCUGCACCAGACCGUGGAGCGCAUCCAUGUGGGCAAGAAGUAUGGGGACAUCCCUCGAGGCAUCUUUGUUGUGAGAGGAGAGAACGUUGUUCUGCUGGGGGAGAUAGACCUGGAGAAGGAGAGCGAUACCCUCCUGCAGCAGGUGUCCAUUGAGGAGAUCCUGGAGGAGCAGCGUGUGGAGCAACAGGCGAAGCAGGAGUCGGAGAGGCUGAAGGUGCAGGCACUGAAGGAGAGGGGGCUCUGUGUGCCGCGGGCAGACACCCUGGAUGAGUACUGAGAGCAUCCCUAUGGACCGCGGCGUUCCCAAUGAUCCCACAUUGGGUUUCCAUGGCACAGAGGAGGAAAUGAUGCUUUUGGCUCCUCUCCUUGCAUGGAUGAAGGAGGAUGAGGAGGAUGAAGGGAGGCAGGCGCCUGCCCCAUGCUCUGGGGAGCACAAGGGAGUGUGUUCAGGAGGAAACCCCCUUGGUGCUUUUGGGUUGGUUUUGGUUUCGUUCCCAUGAUUCCAGGGGAGUUUUCCCUUGGCCUGUAAAUAAAUCCUCAAUCUCCACAGCAACA